AUGAAUGGACUAGCUGAACGUUAUGUGGGACAUUUUAAGAAGAAAACUACUCAAAUGAAAGCAAAUGAAGAACCACUACAAGAGAGAUUGGACAAGUUUUUGUUCACUUAUAGGAUAACACCAACUAUAGUGGGAAAGAAAAGAUUUGAUUUGCUUAGACAGAGGAGUAUGGAGUUGAAACAGCAAGUUAAAAUCUUUCAAGAUAAUUCUGACUUCGAAGCUGAGUUCAAGCCUAACCAAGCAGUAUUUGUUAUGAAUUUUGGAAAAGGAGGAAAAUGGCUGCCGGGAGUUGUGCUCAAAGAGAUCAGCCUAAGGAACUAUGAAGUUCAAGUAGAAGACUUCAUAUGGAAAAGACAUUGUACACAGAUGAGAUCAAGUAAAUCAAGCCGCCAAUGUCGACACAACUCGAAGAUUGCUAGACAAGCAUACCGUGGACAUAAAUCUUUAUGA